AAAUGGCGACGCUGCAGAGAUCAGCAACGACGUUCCGGAGAUCAGGGUCGUCAGGGUUGGUUUGGAACGAGAGGUUCUUCUCUGGAGAAUUGGCUAAGCGGCCGGCAGCGGAGCUCGGCGAACCGCUGAGACACAACCAAGGCGUGGGGCCGGCGAGAGGAGUCACCGGAGGCAUCGCCCGCAUAAGAACCAAGGGGCCGCCAACUAUAGCUGCCACCGAGCCGCCAUCUCCCAAGGUGCCUGCCUGCCUCUGCUGCGGAUUCAGCACGGGGAAGCAUGACACGGGCAAGCGAGCCAAGAGGAGAACAUAAGUAAACAGGGAAUUGAAAUGUAACACGAUCAAAUUAUAUGAAUUAUUUUUCUGCUGUUCCA